CGGCGCCUGAGCGGCUUUUUCCCCGAGCGGACGGGGGGGGGCGCCUGGUUGGAGGCCGAUGCCGCUGCCCCGGGCGCCCCUCUUGCUCCUGGGAGUUGCGUUGGGGUCCUUCGUGCUCGGGGCUUUGUGCGGCUCUCCCUCACACUCCCUGAGAUACUUCUACCUGCAUCUGCCAGAGCCCAGCCAGGGGCUGCCUCAGUUCUCCAUUAGGAGCUACCUGGAUGACCAGCCCAUCGCUCACUAUAACAGCCACACCAGGAAGAUGGAGCCUCUGGUGCCCUGGAUGGAGGAGGGGGACAAGGAGAACUUUCUGGCCCCUGAGAGGGUCUUCAGGGCUGACCUGGAGAAGUUAUCAAAACUGGACCACCGUGCUGGAGGGCUUCACACCUGGCAGGUGAUGUUGGGCUGCGAGCUCAUGGAAGAUAGGGGCAAAGGAGGGUUUUUCCGCUACAGCUAUGACAGGAUGGACUUCAUCAGCUUCGACAAGGAGGCCCUCACUUGGGUGCCGGCUCAGCCCCAGGCCAGGAAGCUCAAGCGGAAGUGGGAGGAUGACCCAGGAUGGUCUGAGAGAAACAAAUUCUUCCUGGAGGAGACCUGCAUUGAGUGGCUGCAGAGAUACCUGUCCUGCAAGAAUAAGACUCUGCAGAGGAUCGAGCCCCCAGUGGGGAAGGUGACUCGCAAGGAGAUGGAUAACCACCGGGAGGUCCUCAUCUGCCAGGCCUUUGGCUUCUACCCCAGGGAGAUCCAGGCCACCUGGACCAGGGAUGGACAGGUCUGUGACUAUGAGACCCUCCCUAGGAACGUGGCCCCCAACUCAGACGGCACCUAUUAUGUCUGCCUCAGCAUUGAGAUCGACCCGAAGGAGAGGGACCGUUUUCGGUGUCGCCUGGAGCACCAGGGCUUGCAGGAGCCCCUGAUCUUGGCCUGGAAGGAGGAAACAGGGUGGCAGACGUUUGUGGGAAUUGUGGUAGUCUUGUUGGUCUUAAUCUUGGGACUUGGAAUUUUCUUCCUGAGUCGGUGGAAGAGACGCAGAAAUGAUCUCUAUAAGGAAGUGACAACCUGCCAUAAUCUGAUUCCUUCACAAAGCGUUCCUUCUUUCCCCAUGCACCCUACAGAAGAUGAGACGCAAUCAGUGUUGUCACCUGCAAACAUCAGGGAAGCCAUCCUGUGGACUGCAAAGGACACAAAUUGAUCCAGAAAUCACUGUGUCAUCAUUGCGCAGACAAGAAGUAAAGCCGCUCCAGAAUCAAAAAAUGGAGUUAUCUACUGUAGCAGCACUACAGAGGAGAAACAGGAAGAAAACGCAUCCAUGAACACCAACUAGUAGUCAGAAGACAUGAUGAAAACUUCUUCAUUUCACAAUACCUGGAUAGACUCAACCAUACCUUCAACUGGGAAACUGUGAGCAUCCUUAGAUCAAGCCAAAUCCCAAAAAUGCCAGGGAAUUCCUGGAGGCCUGCCGCUCGGACAAAGUGGCCAUCAACAGGCACAUUGAGAUAAACACCUACAAUCCGAAAACCCAAAAGGAAAUAAUACCAAAAGGUCUCUUCAGCAGCAAUCAAUACCUAUAUGAGCAAAAAUUAACAUCCGGAAUAACACAAGACCAACAAUCCAGUAAACAACCUCCCAAUCGAGGAAUUACCAAUACAAACAAGCUAACAGGAACCAGUCCCUGCUGUGUCGGCCACGCCCCCUGGGUGCAUGCUGGGGAGGUGUCACCCUUUGUGAGGAAUGAAGAAAUGCACCAUGCCUUGGCGCUUGCC